CACCUCCAUCAGUGCCGCACCGCACCGACAACUCCCCAGCAUCACGACCCCAGAAUAUAAAAAUCGCAUCGUCGACGGUCCCGAAUGCGCCACCCAUGACGACUCUGGUGACGACUCGGCGGCCGCUUCAAGUAAUUAGCAUGAGCAACGAGCACGGGCGACGAUUGAGCAAGCGUCUCGCUGCGGCGGCGACAGAUUAUGAGCAUGACGAUGAUUUCGCAUUUGUUCGAAAAUCGAAACGACCUAAGACGGAUAAGUCAGAUGAAUCAAAACCAGAACCAGAGCCAGAGCCAGAGCCAAAGGCGGAGCCGGUGAAGAAAAAUGCCAAGGGACGACCUCCGAAACAACGCGCUGCUAAGGUGCCGACAACAAAUGGAACCAUUGCGGAGGAGGCGCCUGCAGAGAACGAAAUGAACGCUACGACGAAACCUGCGACAAGGAAGAGUAGUAGACGAAAAGCGAGUGUUGACGCGUCGGAAGGGCGGCAAAUUAAUGUCCCUAAAAGACCAUCGACUAGGAGGAGCACACGAAGGUCGGGGGAUUCCCAGGAUGAAGUCGUUCCUCAAGCAGCGUCAGCGUCAGCUCCAGAACCCGAUCCCGGGCCCCAACCAGAGGUAGUACCUGAACCGGCACCAGCUCCCCGUGUCAAUGGAGCAUCCAAGAAACGGGGGACCCGUGCGAAGUCUACUCGACCGCCCCCGGACUGGGACAAGUCGCCGCAACGCGAACUGCAUGCGCAGUCGGCCACGAUCGCCCUGCCUAUGAGCGACACACCCAUUAUUAACCGGAACAAAGAGAUGCGAAAGAAAGGGGGCAAUUCCAACAGGCGGAGCAGCCUUGGUAAUCGUGGAAGAAGGGCGAGCUCUUUGAUCGAGAGUGGACAAACAGCAAUACCUCAUCGAGAGGUCAACCCCGCGGAUUUCUAUAAACACAUUGAAGCCGAAGGCUUGACAGAACCUCGACGUAUGAAGCAAUUGUUAACGUGGUGUGGCGAACGCGCGCUGUCAGGGAAGCCUCCUCAUGGCACACCGAAUUCUAACGCCAUUCUCGGUGCUCGUGCCAUUCAGGAUCAACUAUUGAAAGACUUUGCGGCCAGAUCCGAAUUCUCGGACUGGUUUAGUCGAGAGGACGAUGCCCCUAAAGCUCCUGCUGUGCUGAAGCCCAAUCCUAGAAACAUGGAGUUGGACGAGAAAUUGGCUCAGCUUGAAAUCAACAUUAAGAGAUUACAAGAUGAGAAGAGAGCGUGGCAAGCAAUACGAAAACCUCCGCCGGAACAACCACCUCUUUUCCCCGAAGAUGAGAUCGGACCUAUUGUUCUACCCGAUUUUGAUCUUUUAGACUCAGAUGAAGGCAAAAUCAGAGGCUUCCUUGCAGAUGACAAAGCAUCAUUCGAUGCUGUUCGGUCACAGACAGAAUCAAGAUUACGCAGUAUCCAGUCAUCACUCGAGUUUCAGAUUGACGAACUUGCCGAUAAUGUUCACAAGCUCGAGCAGCGGGUUGUGGUCGCGGGCAAAGAAGCGGACAAGGUUCUCAGUGUGAGCGCCCUUCGUCUUCGACAACGUGAAGAGCGAGAGAAGGCGAGUGCGGGAACAAGGGACAUGCCGGUUAUUGAAGUUCUGAGGAGUCUAGGGAACAUUCUACCUGAAGGAGGCGGGUGAAGGUGCAAAAUCUUGGAUUUGGAACGAACGGGCUUGAUACCCUCUGUUUUUAUUCAUGACCCCCUUUCCUUCAGCCUAUGACAUUGACGACGAGACGAGACAAGACAAGACAAGAUUAUGCGCCCCCUUCU